GCGAUUUCUCACAUGUGUCCAGUCAGCUGAUCAAAGCAAGCUGACACGCAGAUGCACAACAGACCCUUCACGGAUGGACUCUUCAUAUAAGUCAACCCAUGCACACCCACAGACGUCCACCUGAGAGGCCAGCGAGUCUUCGAGGCCUCAAUCUGCCACCCAUGUGGCCCACACCCCCACACCUCACCUCCACACCUAAUCUGCCUGUCCACUCCUUUCAUUUCACUGCAUUGCCAGCCAUCAGCCGUCAGCCGUCGCCCGUCGCCCACCCACCCCCCCUACACACACGCACAAACAAACAGAUUGGCCUGGGCACUCACUUAGCAAACACACUUAGGAAACGCGAAAAAGUGACUGAUGGGGGUGAAACCCCAUCAAUCAUCAACCAUGCAAACUGCCCGCCCACUCUUUCGUUACCAUUCCGCGACAUUACACACAAUUCCAUCACAGCACACGACACGCAUAAUGCAACCAUGGGCAGACUAAAAAGUGACCGAAUCAAUUGGCCGGCCACCCAUCCGUCCCUUAGUCAGUCAGUCAGCUCUCUGUGGUCGGCCCACCGCUGGCAGCCUUGGCCAGUCCUAUUCUCUUGUUCCCAUAGUCGAAGAUCGAAUAAUACUUGCGCAUGAAGACGUCACCCAGAAUCCACAGAGGCGGGCCGUUGCCCAGCUGAUGACACACACACAGAGACACAGAGACACACAAACACACGGAUGAGCGUGCGGCCAGCCAACCAGCCAGUUAGUCAUUCGGUGCGUCAGUGUGUCAGGCUCACGUCGAUGCCCUGAAAUGCGAACAGGCAGGGCAGGAAGGGCGAGUCGCCCAGCUUGAGAGUGUAGUCCUGCGGCGUCAGCUCAAACAUCUUGCCGCCUAUUGGGCGCACACAUGACACAUAAAUCCAUCUCUGUCUGCAUGUCUGUCUGUCUGUCUGUGUGUGUUGUCUCUCUUUCUUGUCCAUUUCUCAUCCCCCAUGUGUACACCCAUACGCACCGAGUUCGAAGCUGAUGUUUGGCAUGGUAGGAAUGUUCUUGCAGUUGACCACCCACUCUUGGGGGUUCAGGAAGAACCGAUGCGCGCCCACCUUCUUGGCCAAGGCGUCCACCAGCUUGCUCGGGCCGGCCAUUAUCGACGUCCCGGAGUCUAUUCGUUGGCAUCACACCACAACACAUACAGAGGGGACACACAUGACCGAGAGUCCGUCCCUCCCUCCCUCCAUCCAUCCAUCCGUCCACCUACCGACAAUCGCCACGUGGCCGGCGUUGAUGGAAUCGCUGCCGACGAGCAAUGACUCGAGCCGUACCGUCUGCACAUAUCAAUGAUCGCCAUGAAUGCCACACAGAUGUUCGUACGACAAUGUUCUAGAUGUACCCAGUAGUUUUCGGCCGCCAGGGGGACGUAGUGGAUCUCGCCUGUGUAGUGCUUGGGGUCAAUGCCGCCCAGCACGAGCUCGCCGUCCAUGCCGUUGGCAGUGCCCAGGUAGAAGGCGAAGACUGACAGACACCCACAGGAAUGCAUGGCGAUCGCGAUCAGGAAAGGACUUAUACGCGGUUCUUGUGUGCCCACCAGGUUCCUUGACGAGUCCCCUUUUGACCAUGGUGACGAAUGGCGGCUCGAUGCCGUCGACGGAGAUGGAGGGGAAGCCCAGGCCGAGGAUGCCGUCGAACUUGCCGAUCGAAUAGGCCAGGCCCAGACCGGACGCGUCGGUCACCCUGAUCAUACAUCGCGAAAGACACACACACACACACACACACACACAUGGAUGGAUGGAUGGAUGGAUGCGUCGUGGAUCUGUCGGUGUGUGGCUCACUCUGCGAAUGUGUAUUCCUUGAGUUGGAUGUCGCCCACGUUGAGCGCGUCGCUGGAAAGGAACCCUACACACACACACGCAUCCACACACCCACACACACGAAGACACGUACGCCCACGGGUGCAGGCAGCCCUGCCGAUAUGCCAACUGACCUGACACAGGUCCCGACCCGUACACGAUAUGGAAGUUGCGGCCGUCCUUGGCGUACGAUGACGAACUCUUGUGGUCGUACUUGGAGUGACUGAAGAAGGGAUGCAUAGCACAUGACUUAGAGGCAUCUGUGUGUGCGUGUGUCAGUGACCCACCCACUCGCUCACUCACCUGCCGCAGGAUCUGUCGCAGAGUGCCGAGGGCACCCAGACGUUGCUGCUCCCCGUGUCGAAUAUCAUCGUGAACUCCUGCUCGUUCGAGCCCAAACUGAUCGAACCGAAGUACUGGGCAUUCUGCACCACUCACACAGAACACACACAAUCACACAACAGACUCAUGCAUGGAUUUCCGCAGUCGCCAUCUCCUUCUCUCUCUUGCCUCGUAAUCGUGCAGGUCGAUGUCGGCCUCCCCAGCACGGAAAGCCGUCAACAGGUCACCAUUGAGGGUGCGGUUCCUGGGCAGAGGCGCGACGCCAUAGCGCCGGUAGAUGUCCUUGAGGCUCUCCCUCUUGUGCAGGGCGAUGCGCAUGACGCCGUCGUCACGCUCAGGCCUGACAGGCUGGCCGGACGGUGGAGAGGCCACCAGGGUGAUUGCUGCCAUGGGUUUGGUUGCAGUGUCGAUGACAUUCCGACGGGCACCCAGGAAGCAGAGAGAGGCCACCAGCAGCAAACCGGCGCACCCACCGAUGACACCCAUAAUCUUAGCCAUCUGCACACCCAUGUCACAGGCAGAUGAACAAACACACGACAGACGGUGUGUGCGUGUGUGUGUGUGUCCGAAUGUCCAUCUGUGGAUCUGCAGACCUUGUGGUGGUGUGCAGCGCGUCCUCUGUCCAGGAGGGUGUCGGUGGUGGCCUCUCCUUGCUCCAUCAUGGGAAAGUAGUCUGCCGGCAUAAUCGAGUUGUUGGAGUCGGGGGCGUGCACCAAGACAGAAUGUGUGCUCGCGAUGUGUUCGAAUUGCUGUGGGUUUCCUUCUCCCUCAAAGAGGAAGAUCG